CUUUUUCUUGGUGAACCUUCCCUUUUAUAUAAUUGGUAUCGCUCUCUUAUCUCGUGCUUCUAUCAAAUUCUAUCUUGUUAACUCACCACUUAUCUUCAUGGUUUGUUCUCCAGACCCUUUAUCUUUUUGUUUGAUGAUAACCAUGUCAUUUUAAACUUCAAUCAAACGCCUCAGCUCACAAACCAGCCAAUACGAAUAAGUCGUUUCAAUACCCCGAGUCCCUGGCUCUGCUAAGCGCACCCCCCUCUGCGUCUACCCCAGCCGCAAGCGAGAGCCCAGAGCCAGUGACCCUUGGGCCGCUUUUCUACUUUUGGGAGAGAGGGGGAUCUUGCAUCUGUAUCCGUACCCGUACCUACGCCUCAAAUCUCUACCAACUCUCCUCUCCUUGGUCCUCUCUCUUUUCUCACACCGCGACUCACCCUCACUUCCCUACUGCACUUCUUACUACGCAAACUAUUCAUAUCAUUUGUGACUCUCUUGGACAGCUCAGAAUCCUACUUCAGGAAGCAGAACCUCGUCCCCCGCCAUGUCUGCGGUGCCGAGCCCCACGAUCCACGGCUCGUCUGCCCAGCAGCAGCCAUUGCGCUCUGCCCUCAAAAAUGAAGAUGACGUUGAUCGCCCGUGUCCCUCAAGCGGCUCUCUCAAAGCUGUCCAGAUCGCCGAACCCGAAUCCGAAAUUCAAACUCUCGAGGAUGACUCCCAGCCUACCAAGCAAUUCCCUACCAACCUCAGGCGACGCCUGAGUGGUAAACCUCUGCCCUCUCCUCUUCCCAACAACUCCUCUAGGUCUUCCUUCAGCGACAGUCCUUCUGGCAGCCGGCCUGAAGAGACACCUCCUACUUCGAACCCUUCUUCUCACCACCACCACGGUCAUGGUCAUGGCCAUGGCCACCGUGGUCAGUAUUAUAGUGAGAAACUACUCGCCCAGGUAGGAGAUUGGUUAGAACAUGAACGGGCCAAGGCACACGCGAGGAAGUCCAAGAAAACGCACCGCAGGCGCAAGUCCAAAUCGCCAACUAAGGAUACCAAGGGAGAAAGCAUUGCGGAGGCCGAGCCAGAACCUCAACCCGCUCAAGCACCCGCACAAGGCAGUAAUGGACGACCUCGCUCCGAUUCUCUCGACUCUGACUCAAGCGAUAUUUCUUUUGACCGACUUCAGCGUAUCCUGGAGGAAUCCUUAUCUCACAUGGGUCUCAACUCUGUGCCUCAUCUGACUCCCAGGGUAUCCCGCCCUAAGCAUCGAAAAGUCCCAUCUCGAUCUUCUCUUCGUGGCCUUUCUUCCGACACUGAAUAUGCCGAUGGGGACGCCAUUGUACCCAGCUGCGAUGUCUGGCUUGACAACUCCAAGACGAUGAGCUACGGAGGUGGUGCUGCGGAUGAUGAAGAUCAGGAACCAACCGAUGCCGAUACCAGGGCUGACAAGGAGAAGGAGUGCUGGCUUAGCUUCAAGAACGAAAUUAUCCGCAUCGCCCAUACGUUGCGACUCAAGGGAUGGAGGCGUAUUCCCCUCGGUGGUGGCGACAAGAUCUCCGUUGAGAGGCUUAGUGGUGCCUUGACCAACGCUGUCUACGUCGUCACGCCACCGAAGGAAAUCGAUGAGGCAGAGGGUAAGAGAAAGCCCAAAAAGGUCCUUCUACGCAUUUAUGGCCCCCAAGUCGAGCAUCUCAUUGAUCGAGACAACGAACUAUCAGUCUUGCAGAGACUGGCACGCAAGAAAAUUGGACCUCGCCUGCUGGGAACUUUCAAGAAUGGCCGUUUCGAGCAGUACUUUGACUCUAUCACGCUUACACCGGCGGAUCUUCGAGAUGCCGACAUGUCUCGUCAGAUUGCUAAGCGAAUGAGAGAGCUUCACGAUGGUAUUGAUUUGCUCCCGCAUGAGAGGGAGGGCGGACCAGCAACAUGGAAGAGUUGGGAUCAAUGGCUCGAUAAUGUCGAGCGAAUCGCAACUUACCUUGAUAAUGAGUACGAGAAAGAAGCUCAAGCUCAAAACGGUCGACGCGACUCCGUUGUGCAUGCCUGGAAAUCGAGAGGCUAUGUAUGCGGCACUCCCUGGCCUCAGUUCAGGGACAUGAUGACCAAGUACAGAGUCCAUCUCAACAGUUUCUACAAGGGGGGCCAACGAGAGAUCAAGGACAGUCUUGUCUUUGCCCAUAGCGAUACGCAAUAUGGAAAUAUCCUCCGCAUUCGCCCGGAUGACGAAAAGUCACCCCUGCUUCAGGCUGCUAACAAACACAAGCAACUCAUCGUCAUUGACUUUGAAUAUGCGGGCCCUAAUACCCGUGGUCUCGAGUUUGCCAAUCACUUCAACGAAUGGACAUACAACUACCAUGAUGCUGCGGUGCCCUGGGCGUGCGAUGUGCGACGAUAUCCCACCCCGGAUGAGCAACGCCGUUUCAUCAAGGCUUAUGUCGAUCACCGUCCCCGGUUCCAAGGCAGCAACUCCACCCCUCGACUGGCGCCCGCUGAUAGCAACGUGUCGAGCGGCAUGUCUACGCCACUUGCGACACCAACCAACCCUCCUGCGAGCAGCUCAAGCUCCAUCGUCGAGUUCAUGCUUGAUGCGCGAGUACCACCAGGAGGAUGGAGCGCCGCGGAACGGGCCAACGAUGAACGAAGCGACCAGCGCGUGCGAGAGUUGUUGGAGGAGACUCGACAGUGGCGCCCGGCCAAUCAUGCUCACUGGAUCGCGUGGGGCAUCGUGCAGGCCAAGAUCCCAGGUCUCGACGAAACCAUCAAGGAAGAAGACCUUCUGAACCCCGAUGAGUUCGAUUACUUGAGCUACGCCCAGGAUCGUGUCAUGUUCUUCUGGGGUGACUGCGUGCGCAUGGGGCUUGUCAAGCGGGAGGAGCUCCCUCCCCUGCUGCAGCAGUCUAUCAAGACUGUUGAGUACUAAAGAGCGGCUAUCAAGCUCUGCAAUUAGAAAACAUUUUGGCGGACACGGCAGACACACUAGGUGAGUGCGUUCCGACUCAAGACUGGCAUAACCAGAUGUCUCCUUUGACUACAUCGUUCUGGAAAGCUAGAGCACGUUUUAAGACUUUCAGUGUUGGCAAGCUCGGCAUGCUAGAAUCUUCUUGCAAUGAUCUGGAUUAAAGAUUCCCGGCUCCUAAAUUCCCACGGGUAAUUUUUGAAGCUUGCGCGUUUAGCAGUUCAAUCGAUACCAUUUUAAUAAAAUGCAGUUUUAGCAAUGCAUUCCGUCUCUUCUCGUGAAUCUAAUGCUUAUUUUUUAUGUUGUUGUAUGUGAACGACAGGCCGUAACUCUUGUAAACGUGAUAUCUAUGAUCCAAUCCUCUAUGCAUCAAGCUUGAGUCGGUCAAGCAUGGCAUCGAUCUUGCGCUGCAGGAUCUGGUAGUUGAUGGCGUCUGAAACAAACUCAUCCUCUGCUUCCGCUCCAUCUAACGUCCUCACGGCACCUCCGCCAUUGGCUUGUCCAUUGCUAUCCUUCUUAGUUGUGUGCUUAGUAUCAGCAGAAACGCCGUCUACGGCAUCUGUCGAGAUCUCAGCUUGUUGUGCCAUCGCAGCAGCUAAUUCUGCACUGAUCUCUCCCUCCUCAUCCAUCAUGUCUUCCAGGCCUGCAUCCUCAAAGCGGUAUCUAAAUCGGUCAUCCAGGUAAUACCGAAUAUCGUCCAGCAAUUCGAUAGUGUCCGUCUCUUCUCGAACAGUGAUCCGUUGGGCAGACUCUGCAAUGAGAGCCUGGAAGUCUUCCUCAUCUAUGUAGUCCUCUAGGCGAUAUGCAAGAUAACGCGCAGCGAACUCUUCUAAUCGCUGGACACGAAGAUCCCACGCUGCGUGUAUAACAUCAUAUAUGUUGACGGGCUCCAUCUCUAUCUGUUCGUCCUCUUCACCUGUCUCGCCAUUUCUUUGCGCCUCACCAUGAGUGCGAUCUACCAACACAUUGGAGGUGCCGCUACCGAGCGUGCUGAUGGUCAGAGCAGCUUUGCUCUUAAGGUUAUCGAGGAACAGCAUGUCUGCAGCGUAUAAUAGAUCCAAAGCGUGCUCGAGGGGGCAGCUAACAGUCUCGGUGUAGAGGUAAGUAAGGAUGAUUUCAAGAACGGCGGGCGUACAGUCGACGGUAAUGAUUCGGAGAUGUUCAUCCCGUUUGGACUCGACGAAAUCGCCCGAAAACAUCUUCUCAAAGUACUCGCUGCGAAUGAGCAUUGCCUUAUGAGCGGGAUAAAGGACUGAUUUGCGUUUGAUGACUGAUUCUUGAUCUCCGGCUGGGCCAAUCGGUAUAGUAGGGGCGUCUCUUGCUGGCGUUGUCUGACCAGACUUUUCAUCCUCGAUAUCGAUCGGCUCGUCGGCGCGAAGGAUGACAUCUGCAAACAUUGAGUUGUCAUAUUUCCACUUGAUAUCUUUCACCUGGUCCGUAUUAACAAUCAUCUUGAGUCCGAGGACAUUUAAUUUGAAGAAACUUUCGAACUGUCCUCGAGCUCGGUCAACUUCAGAUUGAUACCGUUGGCGAGCAAGUCUCCUGUCUCCGCCUGCGAGAAUAGUCUCCCAUAGAGAUUCAACCUCGAGCUGCUUGCUGACCUUGUCUAGGCCCUUGAAUACUUCUUCUUCAGAGUCAGCACCACCCACAGGUGCGAUAUCACGAGGAACCUCGCCCAAGUAGAGAUAUCUCAAGACAAUGAUGAAAGACUGCACAGGUACAGCGUUGGCAAGUUUCCAAGUGGUGGUAUCUGGGACAGCAGCAAGCUUAGCACGGAAAUAAGGUGACCGUGCUAUGAGGAUGAAUUUGUGAAGAUCAAAAGAACGGGAGCCUGAGACUAGGGUGAUAUCAGUUGUCUUGGGGCUUGUACGGCCAAGAAGAGUUGAGAUGUGAGUUGACCAGUAGACAUAAGGAUCUGAGGACUUGGAGAAGUCAUAUUGAAGGAGAAGGUUGCGGAUGCGAUCAUUGAGGGCGUUGUAGAUGCAUCGUUCCCCUUGGAAAGUAUUUCGUUCCGCUAGGGCGCCUGGGGAGUGUUAGUGGAUGACUGGACC